CCAGCUGGGCCCUGAUUGAGCUGGCCACACCUGUGGUCAGCUAGUCCCUCAGCUGCUCUCACUCCUUUUAUCCCAGCUGCAGCCUUCUUCCAGGCUGCUUUUAACCCCCUGUUCUGCUGGAGUGGGGUAGUCACCUCACUACACUCCUCAACAGGACCUUUUUCCUCAUAAUGUAGAGUAAGGCAUCAGACAUUGCAGUGUCUAUUAGAUUGCAAAGAACUGCAGGAGAUAUUUGCAGCUGUUGUAUGGCUAACACAACCUUCAAAGUUUUGAAAAGAAUCAUUGCUGAGAGUGGAGACCACCAAAAGGAUUUGCCCACGAUGGAGGAAUCCCCACCCGUAGGCAUCUUCUUCAAACCAUCGCUGCCACGUGGGAAUGCAACAGUCUGCUUACUGAUCCAGGUGCUGCAGCAAGUGACAAGAGAGAAUCAGAGUCUAGGUGAGCGUGUCCAGGAUUUGACAAAGAGAGUGUCCACAAUGGAGUCCAGACUGUCUGGUCUCGCACGAGCCCCACUCCCAGAUGUGGCUGGCCACCCCACAGGCACUGUCCUGAUUCCCAAGGUGGGGGAGAUCCAGAUACCCCUGGCAGAGAUGGAUGAAAUGAGGGCAAUGGAUUGUGGGAGAAUUGGAACCAAUUUGCCAGCUGGACACCCUGAAGCUGUGGAAUCAGAAGAGGUUCCAUUUACCCCUGAGGGACAGUCCCUGCCCCAUAACCCUCCUGCAGCAACCAGCAUAUUUGACAGCUUCCUCCUGCACAUCUCCCCUGAGGAGGACAGGAGACUGUUUGAGGAGGCCGAGGGCGACAUUGCCAAAUAUGCCCUGGCAGUGUUCAGACACAUGAUGCCGCGGGAUUAUUACCAGCAGUGGCAGGGAAAGGCCAAUGUGUCUGGCACGCGUCAGAAAACUGCCCUGUCGCCCAAUCUCGUGAAUGCAGCGUUCAAAGCGGCAAAGAGAUGGAAGCCAAAGCUGGCAGGCAAAGACUAUAGUAACCUCAAAAUCCAGAUCAACAACCUCAUGCGAUCCUGGAAGAGCAGAAGCCUGGUUGUAUCUACAGGGCAGAUGUAAUAGCACAGCUCCCCUACAGUACCCGGGCUUUGGAUCCUUCCUAUAGAAGAGUAAAGGAAAUCCCAGGAAACCAGUCAGCAUUGGGAAACUCCCUGUGGGGAGUUCCAAUGGGAACAGUGCUUGAGUUAUGAAGGCAGAAACAGGCACUCAGUGUGGUACAAAUUCCAUGUGUUUGAUCUUUGGGAGGCCACAGGUUUAUCCCAAUUACAACUGGGGACAAUUGUAACAGUGCUGCCAAAAGAUAUUUUCCAAAUAUUGGUAAGACCUUCAUGCCAGCGGUGAUGAGCAUUGCAUACAUGUCUCAAUAGAUUAGAUGGUUGAAGGGUUUUUUUGCAUGUUAAUGUUGGGUGUCUUCUUGGUGCAGGUAAAAGUUACUAGGAAUCAGGUCUACAGAGCUCCUAGUAUUGUUAUUGGUGUGCUGAGAGAAAUAUAAUCGUACUGUGGUAAUAAGGGCAAAAAACAAUCCUAACAAAAGGCCGUAGAGACAUCAAAAUGAGUCAAAUGAAUGUGAGUAGAGCAAGUUCUGCAGGCAAGAUCACUGUGUCACUGUCUCAUUCCUUCUGGCUUUAUGAUAAAGUCCUUGUUGAAACUGUUCUUGUUCAAUAAAAGUUCAAACUGCUUUCAAGCAUUCAAAUUAGUUUUAUUAUCAGUGAAAUGUGUUCACCUGAUUUGUAUAAAAGCUUGUCAUUGUAAA